AUGAAUCGUUUCAGGACGAAAAAGAGGGCGAAAGAUGACCUUUCCGCCGGCCGCUCCAGCGAAGAGUCGGAGCAAUCCUCGCUCUCCUUUUUUCGCAAGGGGAAGAAGACGCAACAGGAGGAAGUCAAGAAGGAGUUUGACCUGGCCACCGCUCUGCCAUCGAACGAUGACUUCCGCACUAGCCUGCUGAUGGCCAACUUGUCGGCUCGAUUUUCCAUGUUGAGGGAGCAGGACGACCCAAAUACGAAGAUCGGGAAGGCUAGCGAUGAUAGCGUUCUCUUCCCCAAGCGGCAGUCCCGGCUGGCCGAUUUUGGCUUCGGAGGAGGUACUGGCCUGUCCGACAUCGCCGAAGUCGAGUCCAUAAGGGGCCAAACCUUCCUUCGCACCACCUCGGUUGCAUCAGACGAUCGAGAGUCGGAGAACGGCGGAAGUGUUCUAACCCGUUCCAGACCAACCGAGGGCAACAACCUGUUCGGUGGCAGGCAGAAAAUCUACAAGAUCUCCGCAAACUCAGGGAGCGGUCUGCGUGGCCGGGCGCUCUACGAAGACGACGUGGCCUUGUCCGCGUUCCAACGCUGGAGGAUAGCAGAGAAGGAAAAGUCAUUGGAAGACCAUGAUAAUGCCGAGUCCGAGAGUGGGCGCGAGGAAGACGUCCAUGAUCGUCCCGAGUCCCCGCCUCCCGUGGGGUACAAUCGCAAGAGGGAAACCGCAUCUACCACUUCUUCGGCCUCCAUGGCCCGCAACUCCACAGCAGCUACGUCCAUCGCCUCGCAAGCGGCUGUUGCGCCCAAAGACGGACAAUCGACCUCGAAUACGUCGACAUCCACCAUAAUUUCAGGCAUUCCCGAGCGCAGUGUUACCCGGACUCGGCGGCUAUACGAGCAAAACUUGAACCAGGACAUGCAUGAACAGCAAACCUCAGUAUUGUCACGAAUCGAGCACCUGACGCGACCCCGCGCGUUUGGCACCAGGACGCCCGACCUCUCCGUGGCCGGCACGUCGCAAAAUGACGCUCCUGUCGAUCGCUUCGCCAGCAACAGGAACCUCCUUAGCAAGGGCAGUGCUCCGAAUCUCAGGUCAACGAGCCCAACAGGCCCGAGCCGACCAAUUGGAACUAUCGACUUGGGCGUCAGAGCCCCAACGGACGGCAAGCCCAGCCUCGGUGGCUUGCCCCCGCUCAGCCCGCCCGUCAGCGAGACAGGCGAGCUGCCGACCCUGCCGAUUCUGCCUAAGGACGUGGGCAAGGCAACGGCUUUGGGCAUUUUCCAGAAACCCACACAACCCUACGACGAGUCUCAAUAUGUUGAGCGCCAGCGUCAGCUUCAACAAGGCCGGGAGACGCCGACCCAAAGGCACAGAGUUGAAUCUAAUGACGCAGGCGGUGUCGAGCCACGAAAGCCGGACGCGAAAGUCCCCCCCGUACAAGCUCGACCCGAAGCACAAGAGGUACGGCUGCCUCCAACGCCCGUUACAGACGGAGAGACGCCUCAGCCGAUCGCUGUUAACCCGCCCGCGCUCUCCGCGCCCACUGAGCUUAACAUUGAGCGGCCCUCUGAUCAGGACCACCCGGCGUUCAGGCAGUCGGCGCUGCCGACCCCACUCUCCGUUGCGGGCAAGAUGAGGGGCGACACCUCUCCGAUCGCCAAACGCGAUAAUUCGGCCUUGAAUUCGCAGCAGCCAUCGCCGGAAGACUCGCCAACCCUGGGCCCUACCGCCGGUUUGAGUGGGCUCGUCCGUCAGCAUCUUCGCACAGAAAGUGUGGACUCGUCACUGGACGCCGGUGGGUUUGAGGUUUCGGGGCCCGAAUCAUCUGGGAACGCUUGGUCCUCUUCGGGCCGGGAUAUGGCGAGACUUCACCCUGGCAGUGCGACCGAGAGGGCGGCGAUGGAGGCAGUGGAUGAAUCGAAGCGUGACGCCUCAGACUCUGUUCCGAUGGACCGCUCCAGCACUGCCACUGAGGACGAGACAGACGAGUUUGCGAACCAGCUCGCUGAGGCGCGGCGUCGUGUGAGGGAGAAGCUGACCUCGUAUGUCGAGUCCGAUAGCAGCAGGGCUGCCUCUCCUCAGCCAGGGCCGGCGGACUCUGCAAGCCUCUCUUCGCAGUCUUCAAACCCUCUGGGGAUCCUGAAGCCGAAAUCCAGUCGGGGAUCGCUCAUCGAUCGGUCGCGCAACAUGGUGACGGGCCAAUCCAAAGGGCUGAAGAUUCUGGGCCUCGGGGCCGCAACGAUGAGCACCUCACCCUUGCCGGGCAAGCAGUCGUUCGAAGAGAAGGAAUUUCCUGCCUUGGAGACUAUGAAGGAAGAGGUUUCUAGGGAAGACAUCGCACCCCCAAACCAUCAGAUGCCGAGGGCGGGAUUCUCUGGUGAGCAAGAUCAGGACGAGGACAACAACGCCACCCACCCGGGCCUGAAGGCCUUCAGACAAGCCCGGCGGGAGCUGCAAAGGCGGAAGGAGCUCGAGACACUCGCCCGGCACCAAGCGUCGCAGACUUCGCCGACGCCGGGCCAAACGCUCGACCAGGCAAACGGGCCACAAGGCGUGGGGAGCGCAGACCGAGGACCGCGGCAACGAACGCCUAGUGGGGAGAGAAGGCCACCCCCCGUCACGUACAGACAACGACCCCCGAGCGACGAGCACAGCUACAGCUCGCCGGGAGCCGCGAGGCCGUCUGGAGAACGCUCGAGGAGCGGAUCUGAGGCCAGCGGCGGCGGCUCCUCGAGCAGCCGGCCGCCUCGUUUGAGGACCAAUACCAACACAGGACCUCAAGAUCAACUUGGGCCGCCGCACUCGGGACGACCUAUGAUGCGCUCACCCGGGUUACCUGGGACGGAUAUCAAAGGCUCGCCCAUGAUGCCCCCUUAUCCGUAUCCCGGCCGCGGGGGUGCGCCUUCGCCUGCGCCUUCGCCCCAUCUCGAGCGGUCGAGAUCGGCAGCGAACCUUGCUCAGCCCACGGGGCGGCCAGGCCUGGACCCGCACUCUGGGCAGCCGUCUCCAAUCUCGCCGAUGGGAUUGCCCUCGCCGGCGCCUUACGCGAUGGGCCCUGCGGGUUCUCCGGUGGGUACCCCCACAUCGCUCGGGCCGCGCCCUCGACAGGCUUCAUCAGCUGCGCAGUCGCCCGCUCUGGGACCUGCUAAUGGGUUCACGGGCGGACCCGCGAAGCGGGCCGUCGACAAGAGGGAUAUCUCUGAGCCCACGUUUAUGAUGUCGACGAGCCAGGUGCCCACGACGAGUUUGCCACACCAUUCCCCGCAUCCACAAUAUCCACCGCCGCCCCACCAAGCCCCUCCCGCGGCGCCCGGCAUGGGCGAUACGGGCCACGCGUACGGCGGGCCAAGGUCGCGCUCAAACAGCCAUGUGGCUGGCUCUGCGCCGCCUGUUCCGCCCAUCAACCCCCGCCGCAGACGCGAGGACUCGCGCAACCGGGCACCCUCCGAGGCAGCGGAGAUGACGGCUCCUCGGCCGCCGUUUGCCAGUCAUGCAAACAGCAGUACCUCGAGUGUCGACUACGACGACAACCGGAACGGCGUUCCUGUCGGCGAAGAUGAGGGCGGCAACAGACCAGACCAGCGGCGACGGCUGCGAAAGGCUCCCCCGGAUAUGCAGGGCACCGCGCCCAGGCCUUACCCCGGAAGGUCGAGAGACAACAGUCCGUCAUUUGUCGCCAGAGGCCCACCGGCGAGCCGCAGCGUGGCAACGUCGAACCUGGGGCCCAGCUCGGGCAUGGGCGUCCCCGGCGGUAUGAUCUGA